AUGAGGCCGACAGCAGCGAUAAUGGCACGGUUGCCACAACUGGAGGAGUUGGCCUCAUACCACUCGGCCCAUCAGCCGCCACAUGCCAGAAGCAAUUACCAUGACCCAAACAGGGAGCCGUUUGCCGGAUUAGCAGGAUAUGCGACUACACGACAUUAUUAUGGUGGCUCUGCCGACGGCCAGGCGUUGUCGCUCAAUGAUUAUAGCGGAGGCGGUGGCGGGGACGGAGGCGUUGACGGCCUCGUGGGUGACUUGGCAGCGGCACCAUAUGCAAAUUAUCCGCCAAAAGCCAUCAGUGGUGCUCUUGGUAGCAAGGCCAACGGCUUUGUGCCAACGACAGCCACAGGAGAACUACACAACAACUACAACAGAUUGCAGUCGGAGGGCAAAAUCGAUUUUGUCAUUAAUACAGCAAAUUAUGAACUCGAUGUCAAUGAAGAGACUGAACAGCAGCAGCAGCAGCAGCAGCAACAACAGCACGAACAACAUCCGACUGAUGUCUACCACCCAAGCUAUUCAUAUCAGCCACGGGCGCCACCGAAACAGCCUCUGCCUUUGCGCGAUUAUCGUAUUGAGCAAUUUUCCAAUUAUCUGCAUGCAGCCCGAUUGGCCGGGGAGGAGCAGGAGAGGAUGUCGUUGCAGCCACGACAAGUGAACGAUGACAGCGCCCAAGUUUUUAGAGAACAGCGACCCGAAUUUAUCUCUCCUGUGAAGCGACAACAAAGGUCCCAGGAGCCCCAACACCAACAAUUGUACACGCCACAAGCAGAGGAUCAGCAAUUGCUCUACUCCCAGUCACAAAGUCACAUUGCCAAUUUACCAGCGAGCACCCUGCACAAUUCUCUGCCACCGAUUACAACCCGAGUGCAUCACACACCGGCGAGCAGCAAGGCGAUUGCUGGACUACCACUGUCCAAGCACAUUGAGAUCACCAAGCAUGUGCCGAUAACGCAUUAUCAAAAACAACUUGUGCCCUUCAAGCAGGCGAUUGAGCUGCGAGUUCCUCGACCCGUAAUCACAGCUAUUCCCAAGCCAAUUGCCAUCAAGAUACCCGUGCCAAGGAUGGUGCCAGUGCCCCAACUGCAAGAGGUAAAAAUACCAAUCGAAAAAGUGAAGACAUAUGCUGUGGAGCAACCGAUACCAUUUGUGGUUGAGCGACGAGUGCCGUACCGGGUAGAGAAAGCAGUAGCUCAGCCCUUCUACUAUCCGUAUCCGGUUAAAGUGCCCAUUGUACGCACUGUGGUUCACAAGCAGCAGCCACAAUACGGAAUAUCCCCACUGGGAAUUGGCUCUUAUGGAGGUUGGAAUUCUGGCAAUCAUUUGCUGGGAUAG